AUGAGUACUCCCCUUGCCCAAUCCUCCUCCUUCGACCGUACCCUGUAUCGCUCGCAAUACCAGCUCGGUCCAUUACUUACCAAGGCAUUCGAAUAUGCCUUCUAUGCUCUUAGUCUUAUCGACCACAUGACUGAUCCUGAGCCGCCAGAAGCACCACCCGACGUUCGGUCAGACAUUCCUCUCCUUAUCCGCAGCGAGCUUCAGCAAGCUGCAAAUCAGGUUCACGAGGGCCUCAAACACGCUCUUAGGCUACCCUGGUCGCUCGAGGAAUUCCAAGAGGCGCACGCCGAAUGCGGCAACGACGAACAAGAACUACUUCGCCGUUGUCCACCUCCUCCACACCCACCUAAUACACCCCAUCACCAAGCAACCGCCCAUUACAUGCCAACCUUCUUCAUCGACAAGAAUGGUCGAGUGGUCUUCGCCUACCUUCCCGCGAUUCUCCGUGCCAGCCGCUGGGAAAACUUAUUUAAAGCGGCUUUUCCUAUCUUCACCCCAACUACCGACGAGCAUCGCAACUUCUUAGACUACUCCUUUCGUUCCUUCAAGUCCUCAUCGUUUUCCCUCCCCUCUGGGGGUGUACGCCUGUAUCCAGCAGCCACCACCUCAUUCCGAUUCCCCACCGUUCACUAUCCAGAGCCUGCCGUAGCCUUCAAGAGGGCCGACAUCCGGCCCCACGCGUUUAAGUUGUUGGAGUCCAUUGAACCUGACACUUUCGGGAUACUGGCUGCCGUCCUGGCCAUGAUUAAUCCAGAUCACUUCCACGCUGCAUUGGAAGUCCUCGAGGGUCUCCAUAUUGGGACUAUUUGGAGUGGCGACAAAACUCUUCGUGAAGAGGUUAUGAAGAGAUGGGGGUUUCCAUUCACGUGCGUAGACUUUUUGUCCAAUCUUCUCUAUCCUUGUUGGGAGAGGAGUGAUUACCGCCCACAUGACCUGGCUCUCUAUGUGUCUCUUGGGAACACCUCUCUCCCUCUUUUUAGAGUCCCCGGACUAGAACGCCAAUUCCAUUUUGAUUCUGGGACCAUAUGCGUAGGAUUCCCUCAUAUUCUUCCCAUUACCUGGUGCUCGAAGAACGAUGACGACCACCUUGUCGUCGUCGGUUCGUUCAUGGACCUUAGGUUUGCCACCUCCCGUCUCGUUCGCAAACCCACUCCUAUGGGAACUACUGAAUACACGGCGUAUCUGGACUACAUUUUCCGAAACGAAACCCCUUUGAUGUAG